AUGACGAAAAAACCAAGAAUAUACACUACAACAUCUUUGCCAACAUCCGAAAUCCCUAUCCAGUCUGACUACGAUCCAGAUAUGGAGUUCUACAAUAAAAUAAGCAUGGCAUGUGCAAUGAUUGAUCUGAUCCUUCAAUCACUCACAAUCUUUGUAAACAUUAUUCAUUUAUCGGUCUUGUCACAAAAAGAGUUACGUGGAUUGUCUAUUUAUCUUAUUAUGAUAUGGAUUGCUCUUCUAGACACAACUAACUUCUGCAUCUGGGUUUUCAACAAUCUGGACAUGUUUUUUAGAAUUCUUUCAAUUCCAGGAACUCCAUGCUUGAGUUACGAAUUCACUGAAUUCACUCCAUAUAACUUUUUCACUGCUGAAGCUAACUUCAUCAGUCAGAGACUAUCCACACUCCUUUCUUUGUUAAUGGCGUUAACCAGAACUUUAUCUGUUAGAUUUCCGGUGAAUAAUUUGGUUCAAAGCAUGACUUCUUGCAAGAUGACGUUGAGAGUAAUGGUACUCUUGCUUUUGGUAUUCAUGGGAAUCUCUUUCUGGCCAUUGAUAUCGUUGAAGAAAUUGUGGUUGCCGGAUUAUGUAAACUCUUUCUGCACUCUAUCCCCUGCAGAACUUAAUGCCACUGGGUAUGUAUGGGCAUUUCCAAAAUCAGUUACUAACGCUAUCGAUGUUUCCACUAUUUUUGAUAAGAUUUUCAUGAAAUUUCUCCCGGCUAUCGGCUAUCCAAUUCUUACAAUUCUAUUAAUCUUGGAGCUUAUAAAAGUGAAGAAACGGAGAUCCAAAAUGCAGAAUAAUGAAUCGAAGGAUAAUACCACUGGUCUUAUUCUUUUCAUGACCAUCAGUUUCAUGUUAUCUGAAGGAACUGCUGCAGUUCAAGGGAUACUUAUAUACAAUCACGAAUGGUUCGAUGAUGAGAAAGUAGUCAAUGCUAUCGCAUUCUCUUCUUAUCCGAUUUAUAACCUGCGGUCUUUGAACGAAUUCUCUCACUUCUUUGUGUGUUACUUCUUGUCUUCACGAUAUCGGGAUACCUUAUAUCGAAUUAUGUGUUGUUGUCAGGAGAAGUCUAAAAGGAAUAAUGCUCACAAUUCUACUGCAAUCGACGAAUCAAUAAGUACAGAAUCAGCAUAUGAUGGUGACAAGUCGAAAGAUUCUGAAAUGAUGGGAGAUGAUGAGAACAGAAGAUUGUCCAAUGAAAGAAGUUCGUCGUCCUGUGAUUCGAUGAGAAAAGCAUCACAUAUUUUUCGACUGAUCAGAGUGAAUUUAAUGCAAAUUGUGGAUCAGCUGACAAAUAACGGCCCGGAGGUCUCUGCAAUUCCACUACCAACUUCACAAUCUUCUGCAACUCAUGAGAAUCUUGUAUCAAAUAACAGAUUAGAAUCGAGUGAAGGCCUCAUAAUUACACAUGAUGCUAUUAUUGAUCAAAAUACGACGAUUCCUUCUAUACAAGUGAUCCCGAUGGAAGCUGAACCGCUGAACCAAGAGCCUGCUCGCAGUUCUGAGCAUUAUUCAUCUUCGUUUCAAUUCGAGGAUAUUGACUACAGUGUAACCAGAGCCAGAGCCAUCAGUCCGAGAGAUCUGACCACAUAG